AUGGCUCCUACCAUUCAAACACAACGCAGAGGCCAGGCUCCCGGGACAGCAACUCCUUCCAGACAGAUCAGGGCCCAUUUCGAUGACGAUACCAUCACGGUCUACCAAGCCUACAACGCUGCCAUUGCGGAGGCAGCUGUCGCUGCUCAAAAACUCGACGCAUCCCCAAACUUCAAACUUACCCGCAUGACCUGGAUCAAACCAAGCUGGGCGUGGAUGCUGUACCGCGCAGGCUAUUCAUACAAAGAUCGCGGCCAGGAGCGCAUCUUGGCGAUCAAAAUGACCCACGCCGGUUUCGUCGACCUUCUUCGACAAAGCGCUUUAACCCACGGCAGCGAUUUGGAUAAGGGCGACGGGCGGGUGCGCGUCCAAUGGGACCCAGAACGUGAUGUGCGGUUGGAGAAGCUUCCGUAUCGGAGUAUUCAGAUUGGGAUCCCUGCUAGUAUCUGCGGUGUUUGGGUUGCUGAAGGAAUUGUUGGAAUUGAGGAUGUGACGGCCAUGGCGCGGCAGUUGAAAAGAGUCUUGGACGAGCGGCCUGAUGUCGGUGAUGAUGAGCUGGUGGCCCUAGGCCUGGUUCCGACUGAGAAGGUAUUCCCAGUUCCCGAAGACAUUGGAGAUAUCUUGGGAAUGGAUUUCCGCAAUGAAAGUAACUAG